CCACAUUGAUCUGAAAUUAUACUUUACACUUAUUACUACUUCUGACACUAGAACCUACCCACAACACACCAUUUGACAAACCCUUCCUCUGUUAAACCCUUCAAUUCCCGACAAAAUCCUGUUUGUUUGAUUUAAGGUAUUUGUUAACAACGAUGGUAAAGUCGGCUCCACCCAAGAAAAAGAAAAGAGCAAGCAGAAAAGGGGUGAAAUUCGACCCUUUAUCUGUUUAUGAUUUUACUGAUACUGAUAAUGAUUUAUCAUCAGAGGAAAUUGAAGAAACUAGUUCUGAUUCUAUGGAUUCCAAGUUGCAAACAACCCCUAAAUCUAAUGUCAAGAAAUACCCUGGAGCUAAAGGUCCUGUAAGAGGUAAAUCAGGUGGAAAAAAGAAGCUGCUAAAGGAUGUUGGAAAAAAUAAGGGUAAAUCUUUACAGGCGGUUGCUGGGGAUAAAGUUAUUAUUGGAUCAAAAAAGAGAAAGCUGGAUAAUGGUCCUUCAAGCCCCUCCAAUUUGAAGACUUGGGAUUUCUAUAUUCCACCAAAUAAACAUUUCCACACGCGUGUAAGUUCGCAAACAAAUUGUGAAGUCGUUAAAUUGUUGAAGAGCAAGUUGGAUGAUAGACAGCUCCAGAUCUUCAGGGGAACCCGAUUCGGGUACUUUCUAGAUUUGCCUGAUGUAAUUGUACAGAACCAGCUUAUACAUUCCUUAUUGCUCAGGCAGGUGGUCCCAGAAAAUGAGGACGAACUGUGGUUUAAAGUGAACGGAACCAAGUUGCGUUUUGGACUGGCAGAAUUGGGGAUUAUUACUGGUUUGAAAUGUUGUGGUGAUGCUGAUAAGGGUUACGAAUCCAGUGGUCCCAAUAGGUUGAUGGAUAUGUACUUUUCUGGACUUAAAAAGGUACCCAAGCCGUUAUUAGUUGACUGCUUCCUCCAAAAGAGAUGGAGGUCGGACGAGGAUGCGGUCAAGAUUGCUGUGCUGUAUUUUAUACACACGUUCUUGUUCUCAACUGCGACUAAGAAAACGUUCAUCACGAAGGCUGAUUUUGAUAUUGUUGAGAGUGGGGAUUAUGAGACAUUCCCUUGGGGUAUACUUGUACUUAGAGCCAUGGUGGAGUCCAUGAGCAAUAGGUUGCGGGAGGGUCUAAAGAUGUAUAGGCUUGGGGGUUUACCUUUGGCUUUACAGUGUUGGUUCUACGAGUGCUGCACUAUUGUUGAUGGCAAGUUGGCUCACCGGGUUGACAAUAAAGUACCUCGUAUUCUUAAUUGGAAAAUUAAGAAGCAACCGACCUUGAAUGAGUUGUCUGGUGGGUUCUUCAAGAUCAGCAGGGACAAGUUGAAGUUCAAGAAUGUUUCUCCGACAGAGUUUGAGCAAUUUCACUUGGAUUUGCCUGAAUCAUCUGGAAAUCCAAAUGAUGAGGUGGCAUCCAGAGAUCUUCUUGCAAUUCAAGCUAGUGAGGAUGACUUCAGCACUCCUCCUAGUGAGGAUGACUUCAGCACUCCUCCUAAAAAAAACAAAAAUCAGCCCAAAACCCAAUCGGACCCCCCAGUGAAGAAUUUGGAGAGGAUUGCCGAGCUCAAACGACUUUCUGAUGAACAGUCGGAGUUGAAGAGUGAUAUUCGAGAGGUCUUUAAAGCAACCGAGUUGCUCAAGGAACAAAUGAUUGUGUCAUUUGCAGAUGUCUUUAAAGCAAUCGAGACGUUGUCGAAGAAACAAUCGGAAAAGGAUAAUUCAGAAGUAUUGCACAUUGAUGGAAGAGAUGGCAACCAUGACAGACAUGGUGAUGGAGAUUCCGGUGGUUUUAACGCUAAUGAUGACCAUGGUAGUGAUGGCCCAGAUCAUGGCAAGGACUUCCACUCCCUGGGUGACAAGGAGAAUACCGAGAUAGUCAAUAUUGGAACCCUGGGUGGAGUUACAAAUGCAUAAGGAAAGUCUAUUUUCGCUGUCCUACAUUUAAUGAGGAAAUAAAUUGAUAUCUUGUAGCACUACUGCCCAUAUAGUCAAGCUAACAACCCACCUUGGAUACGGCCUUCUUUCUAGUUAUGUCUGCCUUCACGACACCAUAGAGCAAGCUUGAUGAUGAUUUGAUUGAAGGUAAUAAGCAGGUUCUUGAGGUUUCAGAAUCUGUUACAGGGGACAAGCAAGACGAGCAGCCAAAUGGAGUCUUCCAAUUUGGAAUUGUCAUAAACAGUUCAAAAUGAAUUUGAAAUCAACAAGGAGAAUGAGGAUGAGGUCUUGCCUAUUCAAUCCACACCAGUGGCGACUAUUUCAACUGGAUGGUAAUCGAUGUGUACUUAAUGAGAGUGAUAGACUGUGGAGUGUAAUGCAGACCCUGUCUCUCGAUUGGCCUACACGACCAAAUAAUAUGGUCGCUGCCUCAAAAGCUGUCUGUUUCCUUGGGAGUUCCUGCAAUUGAAUUCGGCAAGUUUGUAUAACUUGGUCAAGAAUUUGCUUUUGUAAUUUUAGUCCCAUCCAUUUCUGCUAUAGUGCUAUGUUUAUGUAAAUUACUAGA